CUACCGCGAGACACUCAUGGCCUUUUCUCUGCAGUGUGUUUAAAUGCGCUCGUGCGCGUCCAGGGACUUGAACUGAAGGGGGAGGUUUUGUAUUUUUGAAACGCGUUUUCUUACUUUACACUUCAAACUGUUAGUUUCUUCCAGUUCUCGUGCGCAUAAGUCCAUGCAGAGCUUUUCGUUGUUAGCGGUCCUGCUGCCUUGCGCACUCGCGCGUUGACGCGCUUGAACGCGCCCUCAUCCUUCCUUCUAAUUGGGUUGCUCCGGAAAGCGUGUUCCGCCCCUUUUCGCGCUCCACCAAUGGGGGCUGGAUACCCUCGCAGUUGCUCCGGUGUCAUGGCGGCGCGCGUUGUGUCACCGACAUUGUGGGAAUAAAUAAGUAUUUUGUUCGCAAUAUUGCCGUUCAGAUGUAAAAUGGUCAUGGCUUUGUUCGCGCGGUGGUCCCUCCGCCGCGUGACACUGAGAUCAGCGUUGCGAGACCGCAGACGCCACAGCAAGUUACAUCCCCCUUCUGGCCAGUCAGAGCGACUACGGGUCUUUGAAGCUCUGAGGAGCAGUCGGUCAGGGGAGAAAGGGGCAGUGCAGGGUCAGGAUCUAAGCAUCCGAUUGGCUGACGGUAAAACAGUGAAAGGAUUGUCCGGCGUCACGACUCCACUCCAGAUAGCCCAUAAUGCACGUGUAAAAGGAGCAGUCGUAGGGAGAGUCAAUGGGGAGCUUUGGGAGUUAGCUCGCCCUCUAUUGGAAGACUGUGAACUGCAGCUGCUAGGCUUUGACUCCCUGGAGGGUAAAGAGGUGGUGUGGAGGACCGGAGCAUGUGUGUUGGGUGGUGUUAUGGAGACGCACUUUGGUGCUCAGGUGUACCGAGAAGGGGUGUCUGACACAGGACUCUACUGUGACUAUCAGCUAGAAAACAGCCCUGUGUCUCUGGAGGAGGUGGAGCUGAGGUGUAUGGAGAAGGCAGGGCUUAAGAUUCCUCUCUCCAGACUAGAGCUGACAGUGAAAGAAGCCCGAGAGCUCUUCCAGGACAAUGUUCUGAAGCUGCGGCUGGCAGAGGAGGUGACACAGGGAGACACAGUCAGUGUCUACAGGUGUGGGGAAAGUGUAGGUGUGUGCCUUGGUCCACUCCUCCCUCAUACAGGAUUCCUCCACUCCUUUAAGAUGUUGCAGGUGUCCCCUGUGACUCUCCCGGGUGGCGCUAAAGGGGAAGGCAUGCUGAGGAUGAUGGCCGUUUCGUUUCCAGGAACGAAGGAGAGAGACCAGUGGCUACGAGAGCAGGAGGAGGCCAGAAGGAGAGACCACCGCCGGAUCGGCAAGGAGCAGGAGCUGUUCUUCUUCAACGACGUCAGUCCUGGCAGCUGCUUCUUCCUGCCAAAAGGGGCCCACAUUUACAACACCCUCACAGACUUUAUUAAGAGUGAAUAUAGAAGGCGGGGCUUCAGCGAGGUCAUCACCCCCACCCUGUACAGCACGUCACUAUGGGAACGCUCCGGUCACUGGGAACACUACAGCGAGAACAUGUUCACCGUGGCGUGUAAGCCGCACACCUUUGCCCUCAAGCCCAUGAACUGCCCUGCUCACUGCGUGAUGUAUGAGCAGAGGGUGCGGUCAUGGCGGGAGCUGCCGCUACGCUGGGCUGACUUUGGCGCGCUGCACCGCAACGAACACUCGGGGGCGCUAGGAGGUCUAACCAGGGUCCGCCGCUUCUGCCAAGACGAUGCACAUAUCUUCUGUACCCCCGAACAGCUGGAGGAAGAGAUCACUGCAUGUUUGGAGUUUGUGCGGAGUGUGUAUCGUGUGUUUGGUUUCACCUUCCACUGCCUUCUGUCCACACGCCCCACCCCCUGCCUGGGAGAGCCCGCCCUCUGGGACAGCGCGGAGCAGCAGUUGGAUAGGAGUCUGCAGAAGUUUGGCGAGCGCUGGGAGCUGAAUUCUGGUGACGGGGCAUUUUAUGGGCCGAAGAUCGACAUUCUGAUUCGCGACGCGAUUGGUCGACGGCACCAGUGCGCCACAAUCCAACUGGACUUCCAGCUGCCCAUCCGCUUCAACCUGCAGUAUGUGGGGGUGGACGGGGCAGCACACAGACCUGUGAUGGUGCACAGAGCAGUGUUGGGCUCUCUGGAGAGGAUGAUCGCUAUCCUGGCGGAAAACUUCAGUGGGAAAUGGCCUCUGUGGUUGUCACCAGCUCAGGUCAUGGUGCUCCCUGUAGGGACUGACAUUGAGCGCUACGGCCGAGAUGUGGUGCACAGAUUAAAGGAGGCAGGCUUUAUGGCUGACAUUGACGAUGACCACGGCGCCACGUUAAACAGGAAGAUUCGUUCAGCACAGCUGGCCCAGUACAACUUCAUAUUUGUGGUGGGAGAGAGGGAGCAGAGUAGUGGCACCGUCAAUGUGCGGACAAGAGGAGGGAAGCAACUGGGUCAGAGGUCACUGGAGGACGCGAUGACAUCACUGACGCAGCUCCGAGAUAGCCGCAGCAACCAAGACGAGUUCUGAGCAGCCCUGGAGGUUAUGACCCUGACCUUUACCACCCUGCAAAACUCCUCUCCCCACCCCACGACAGUAACACACAAGCCAAGCCCAAAACAUCUGAAACACGUAGACACACACACACACACACACACACACACACAAGAUGAUGCUCCAUCUGGCUGCAUAUAAACUUGACUCUCCAAGUUUUAUCUUGCACACACACACACACAGCAUAUAAACACACUCUCCAUCAGUUUAACACCUAAACCAAACGGACCCUUUUUGUUUUGCCUCAACUCCAUCAGGAGAAGGUCAAUGGAAAGGCAAGGAAUGGGUCCACCUCAAAGUCUCGUACUCUCCGCUUAACUGUUGUGUUUCCAAUAAAAAAACAACUUCAUUCAUAAAUCAUCUCUUGGGUUCUGUUUUGAGACAGUCCCUUAAUGGCAGGAGAGGCCUCAGGACCUGAGCUUAUGUUCGGUGGUCCCAGAAAACAGCGCAUCCUUUGAAACGAUGUACCUGAGUGAUGUAGGGUGGUUUUAUUGCUGCUCGGUGAUGCUGUUAUGUAAAACGGAAUGGAUCCUGUGUCUGAAGGACCCGACGGGAGGGCAGGCGGGAGAAAGGGAGGUUAGAGAAAGCAGAGAGGGAGAGAGAGAGCGGGGGUGGGGUUUCAUUAAAAUUGGAAAAUUGUAGGAAAGGGAGUGGUUGUGUUGUUAUUAAAAACAGGACGUAGAGGGGGUCAGUGACACAAGUGAUUAGGGAGGUUUACUGUUCAAAACAGCACCAAAAUGGAAAAAGCAUGAGUCACCCAUAGCAACCAAAGAAGGGCGGAGUAUGCACGCGCGCACACAUACACACACCCCACAGACACUGUCAGAGCAGGAAUGUACACACACAGACACUGAACAGAUUCAGAGCUGACAACCCAGACAGUCAGAUCCGUUAACACACCAUUAUCACAGAGACUUCAGAAGAGUGUGUGUGUGUGUGUGGUGUCUUCAGCCCCCAUCUUAAUGUAAGCAGGAGUGUAAUAGAGCAGGAGAACCGGAGAGAACGAGACGAGAGAUGGUGAGAAGGAAAAACCCCGAUCAAAGGUCUGACUGUUGCGCUCCACAGGCUGGACACAGAGGGUGAAGUGUCUGUCUGUGUGUGUGUGUGUGUGUCUGCCGUAAUUUCUGCUGCUACAUCAACAUUCUAGACCUGGUCACACUCAUUGCUCCAGGCCAGCAGCACAGGUAGGGCCUGUACGAAGCCUCCACACUUAUGUUUACUGAAAAACUUGUGCCACUAAUUUGGUGAAAUCCAACACGCGUCACCUGCACGACCUUCCGAUGCCAGCAGGACCUCCGCUCGCCACUGAGCUGGUCACAUGACUGACAGGCCGGCCAAUGGCCUCUUCCUGAUUGCCCCAGCUCUGCAUGUUACAUGACUGACCUGGUCACAUGACUGACAAGCUGUACUGGGCCUCUUCUAUCGCCACAUGCACCCAAUCACGGGCAGGGCUGGAGUCAUGUGACCAGCUUUUGUGUAGAGGCAGGAAUGUUUACCAUGUCUUCCCCCUCCCCUCAGAAAAUGUAUUUCCAUACUAAACCCAGUAAAUGUUUCCUGAUGCCA